GAUUAGUUACAAUCGCUAGAAUAGCUAUAUUAGCUGAAGCAGCUAGAUUAGUCAGUACAAUUGUAUGCUUCUUCAUUUCUUGGUUUGUUUUUUUCCAUUGCGGUGUACUAGGAACUUGUUAGCCUGCAACCUGUAUCACUAAAUAAACACUAAAUUAAGAAAAUCUUAUUUCUCAAUAUAAUUCCAGGAAUAUCGAGUGUCAGUGUUGGACUAAGGGUCGAGGCAUGAUCUAUUCAGUCUUUAUAGCUUUAGUCUUAGGAUGCAUAAACGUGAAUGGUGAAGGAGAAAGUGAUCUUGAAGAAUUUAAUCUUCAUUUACAUUUUGACUACAGUGAUCCUGAUGAUCAGAAAAAAACGAUGAUUCCUAAAGAACGAAUAGAUAUAGAACAUCCAGGAGAUCUCAUGAAAAAGAAAGAUCUUAAGAUCAAAGAAAAGGCAAAGAGAGCACUUUUUGAAGAUAGAAGAGAUCAGGAAGAGACUCUGAAUCAAGAAAAUCGAUCUAUUCUGGCAGUAAAAGAAAAAAAUCUUGAAAAAGAAGAUCAUAAAACAAAAGAUCUUGUAAAAGAAAAUCUCAUAGAAGAAGAACUUAAAAAAGAAAAUCUUGAAAAAGAAGAUCAUGAAAAAGAAGAUCAUGAAACAGACGAUCAUGAAACAGAAGAUCUUGUAAAAGAUGAUCAUGUAAAAGAAAAUCUUGAAAAAGAAGAUCAUGAAAAAGAAGAAACAGACGAUCAUGAAACAGAAGAUCUUGUAAAAGAUGAUCAUGUAAAAGAAGAACUUGAAAAAGAAGAUGUUGAAAAAGAAGAUCUUGUAGAAGAAGCUGGAAAUGAUUAUUCUGAGGGUGAUUCAUUUGAAGAAAAUAUUGCUUCAGCAGCUUCACCUACAGUGAAUAAAGGGGAAAAAACUCAGAAAGCUCUGGAAAACGAUUUUUUUGAAAUUUCUAAAAAUUGUUCCAGCUUUUGUGGAGUAAAGAAGGAGUCUGGGCAGAACUAUAUAGUUGGAGGAAUAGAGGAUGUCGAGACUCUAAAUCAACCAUGGAUGGCGAAAAUAAUGAUCAAAAGUGGGUUUAAGAUAGGAUACUGCUCUGGUAGUGUUAUCAAUUCAAGAUUUGUAAUAACUGCAGCACAUUGCUUUUGUUCAUAUGGUUGGUGUCUGACUGAAUCUAAAACUUUUACAACAGAAUCGGAGGGAGUGUUUUUAGAAAAUGUUGGAUCGUAUCAGGAGCUUGACUUAGAACCUGUAGAGUCUGGACAGGAUUAUCAAUAUAGCCCUGAUGAAACACCAGUUCAAACCUACUCCGGGGAAACUAUAUUUAUUCAUCCUAAAAGGGUUGAAUUACAGAAAACAUCUGAUAAAUACAGCGGAGUUUAUGAUUUUGCUCUCAUCAAAAUUAAAACUGUUUUGAUAUUAGAAGAUCUUAUUCAACCCAUCUGCCUUCCCUUUAACACAAUGACGAUUCCACCAACAGAGACAGAUAGUUUUAUUGAUGUUGGAGUAAAAGCCAAAAUUGCCGGUUACGGUCAGUUAGUUCCAUAUAAGGGAGAGAAAUGUUUAACUGACAGUACUGGAAAGAUGAGGUUCCAUAUAUGCAAGGAUGCAGGCCUGUUCAGCCCCUGCAAGAGAGAAGCUCCCCCAACUCCUUACAGCAAGGAGAAACCUGAAGGAUUGCAUGGAUGGUGUAAUGUACAGCUGUACAAGGGGGAGAACGUAUCUGAGAGUGAGAGCUGGGGAUUCUGUUCUGCAUCGUGUAGUAAACGUGAGCUGACCCCCAGCACUUACCACGAGGAGGCAGAUGUUGAUGUUCUAACACCAGAACGAUGUCAGGAAUUGUUACAGGACGAGUUCCAGGCUCCUAGUGCUGAUUUUGAUCCAGAGCUUGAAAUCUGUGCCGGACAACAAACAUUUGGGCGUAGAAAGAAAAGAGCUGCUGAUUUUACAGAUAACAUCAACGAUGGUACCUUUGCUGACGGAGUAAUCAUGCGAGAAACUCCGGAUGGAGAAAUUCACUACAUCAACAUUCAAAAUUCAGAAGCAACUAUAAUGGAGAAGAAAGAUAAUGAAGGGCAAAGGUUGACAAGGGUUUCAAACAUGACUGGAGAAGUUGGAGGAGUUGAUGCCUGUCAGGGAGAUAGUGGAGGACCACUUUGGGUGGAUUGGGAUCACAAAGCAGUGCUGACUGGAGUGGUUUCAAGAGGCCUGGUAUUUACUCCCGUGUUCUACCCAGCCUAGGAUGGAUUUAUAAUAUUACAAAUACAUUUGGAUGCUUUACUAUGUAAUAUCAUUGUAAAUAAAUCUUAUGAAAAUGUGA